AGAAGGCCAUGGUGUGCUUCGGGGGCAUGUUCAUCGAGCUGCCGAAGGCGAAGACCCGGGAGAUGCUGCGCCAGGACCAGGAAGAGCUGGAUGAGGAGAUAAACAAGCUCCGGAAAGAGCUGCGGGUGAAGGUCAACCGGCUCUAUGAAGCUCAAGGUAAACCUGAGCUGAAGGGGUUUAACCUGAACCCCAUGUCUGCUGAGGAGAUGAAGCUAAUCAACCGCAUCCUGGAGGGCUGAGGUGGCCGUGCCAUUGUCACAGCGUGCUUGGCUGUCACUGGGUGUUCAUGUUUCAGUAGCCACAGUCCUUGGGAUUUGCAGGACCUUGGUGUGUCCAGAGCCCACCCAGGUGAGGGCCCUGGGAAUGGUUUGGCUCCUCAGCUACAACUCUGCAGUUUCUUUGGACCACAAACCCUUUCCUGCUCUGUGCUGGACCUCGACACAGUGCUGAGUAAAAAUGCCCAGCUGGGUUGGAAGUGGCAUCAUUAAAAUCAGAGCAGUGGGACAUUCCUGAACUCCAUGUGUAUGUUCCUUGUUGGGGGUUUGUGUGAACUCUUGUGGGGUUUGGCUUCAGAGCUGCUCCUUUGUCACGUUGGGAACAGGAGUAGGAGGGGUUGGGAAUCCUCCACAUGCCUGAAGCACAGAGGAGGAGUUGUGCAUUCAAACAAAGCAAAGCUGUACAUCUGAGGCACGUCAGGAAUCUCUAAGGAUGUGUAGGGAGGAGCAGGAGGAGGCAGCAUCCUUUUAGUCUUGCUGGGAAAACAUGUUCCACUGUUGGAAGGCAGGAGACGACAGAAAUGAGGCUUUCAGGACUGGAGGAAGGGAUAAAACUUGGGUAUAUUUAAAAAAGCAGCCUGAGGAGAGCUGAGCAGGAAUAGUCACUGAGUUUGUCUUGUAGUAAAAGGACAAUUGAUGUAACCAGUAGUAGUUUCUGCAGAGGUUUUAAAAUUUGCUGUUUUCUGUGUUCCCCCAAGUGCUUAACUUGGUCAAGAGCAUAAGAUUUUAAAAGUAAUUGGUACAUGA